UGUUUUUAAUUUUGUUUGUUUGUUUGUUUGUAAAUCAGAUGUUGUUGUAUGAUUAUCACCAUCAUGUUGAUCAACACUGUUGUUAAAUCGCGGCUUAAUUUUCUCAAAUAUUGCCGUCGAUGUCUGUCAUCUUCUAAUCAAUCAAUUCCCCAGCCAAAAUCAGAUAGUGAUGGAAAAAGCAAACAAGACGAGACUACUACUUAUUAUACGAUGGGUGAUACUUUGGUUGAACCGAUUCCCAUUAAAUCAUUGAAUAUUUUGUCCCGAAUUGAAACCUAUGAGAAAUAUGGAUCAUCAUUCAAAAAUCUAUUUCUUGGUGUGCCCGAUACGGACCUGUUAAGCUUUCCAUUUUUGCUGAAAUCACGUAAAGAAUUCCUAGAACUGACCGAACAAUAUGAAAUGGUACGAACAACGUGGAAUAAAAUCAAAAAAGAUGAACAAACAUUGAAUCUAUUGAAUUAUAAUUCACUAUAUAAACUGAGCGUCAGUGAAAUGAUGUUCAUUUUCGAAGCAAUUGGUGCUAGUGUUGAGAAAAAUCUACCAUUCGGUACCAAAGAAGAUGAAGAGAAUCGUUUCGAAAAACGAUUAUCAAAAACAUUCAAUAUUGAUCCGACAUCGAAGAAUCGAUUCAAUAUCGGUGAAGCGGCAUUCUCUAGUUUUCAUAAUUUACGUGAAGCCAUAGAAACAGUAGUACCAUUGAUUGAAAGAAAUGCAAUCGUCUAUUAUGCAUUGAGUCGUUCUUCUAAUGAUCAUAUGAAAUCAAUACUUGCCAACAAUACAAACAUUGCAUUUGCAUUCGAUGAAGAUUUUGAUUCCGAUCGAACCGAUAUCAAAAUUGAUAGCUGGUCAAGUCAAGCUCGAUUAGCAAACGAUUUCAAUUCCUGGGUAAUCACGGGUCGAAAAAACAACAUUAUCAACGGCAAUUAUUCACAUUAUUUGAUUUUCACCAAAACCAAUGAUUACACCGAAGUGCAAGGUUUGGAUAAACUCCAAAAUGAUGUUGGAAUCAUUGCUUUGCUAGCGCCAGCCAAUCAAGUCAAAGUAGAAUUGGAUGCACAAGAUUUUUUAGCCAUCCAACAUCAACGUAUCAGUUUCGAAGAUUUGGAAUUGUUUCGUGAUUCAAGUGAAGUGAUCAAUGCCACCAAGAAUCUUGCUGAAUUCAACAACGUAAAAGGUUGUGGACAAUUGGCUGUGUCAGCUUUCAUCUUGGGAUUGCUCAAACAAUUGCAAAAAAAUACCUAUGCUUACCUGGUGAACAAUCGAUUAGGAUUGACUGAUUGUGAAUUUGUUCAAUAUAAAUUGUUUGCUUCUACUUGUAAGAUAUACGGGCUCGAAUCAAUGAUCUAUUUAACUGCUGCCAUGUAUGAUUCAUUCGAACGAGGUGCCAAUCUAGGUGGCGAAUCAAUCACAAUCAAAACGAAAGCCGUGGAAUAUGCGUAUGAUGUUAUCGGCGAAUUACGAUCAUUAUUCGGUUCACGUUAUCCAUUCUCAUCCACCGUUUAUGAUUUAAUUUAUUAUCUAGAUUCAUUUCUCGAUUGUUCCAUGAAUAAUCGAAUGUUAAUGGCCAAUGAAGCAGUGAAACAUUACAAGACAUUUGAAGAUAUGACACUGAAUCGAUUUAAUUUUAUACCGAAAGAACCGAUUAAUACAAUCAGACAUUAUUUGAAACAAAGAAAACUUCGUAGAUAUGAAACCUAUUUAACGCGAGAAAUGACCAAAUACGUUCAUCAUAAUCUACAUGCAGCAUGUGAUUGGAUCGAACAUUUGAUCAAUCUUUUGCAAUUUUCUAUGCACUAUCUUUCUACCAUUCAUCAAGAGAAAUUCCAGCAACAACAAUUUGAUCUAAAUCGAUUGGUAGAAAUGGCAAUGGAUAUUGAAAUGAUGAUUUCAUGUUUAUCACGUGCCAAUCAUGCCAUCUGUUAUGGCAUCAGGAAUGGACAUUCAGAAAGAGAUAUUUGUAUGGCCAUAUGUAAAGAAUUGUUUCUUAAACAUUUACAAACCUUUGAAGCGAUUGAUAAACGUACGUUGAUCGAUAAUAAUGAUUAUUGUCGACGAAUAUUCGAAACAAAUAUGAAUGAAAGAGGUUAUUUUCCUAAAUUAUUUCAAGUUGAGUAAAUGGAAUAAUAAUCAAUUAUAUAUUAUUAAUAUGUAUUUGUAUUUCAUUUAUUCAAAAUGUGUGUGUAUUGGUUUGUUGGUUGAUUGGUUGGUAGUGGUCAAAUCAAAAAGUUCUUACAAAUAAACACAAAAAUUCAAAUUA